AUGCUCAACAAUCAUCACCACACUCACCAAUGCAGCCACGAAGGAUGCGGACAUCAUCAUGAGGAAUUUGAACAUGUAUCGGAUGAAGAAAUGCACGAUGAAGAAAAUAUUGAAGAGAACACACCAACAGUGGUGAAAGCCAAGCCUCAAGUGAAGCCUUCCACACUCGAAUUAAAGUCGGAAUUAGUCUCCAGAGAACCUCUCCCUUUACAACAACGCCCUAUUGCCUGUAUUGUGGUCGGAAUGGCCGGAUCGGGAAAAACAACUCUCAUGCAACGAAUUAACGCAUACGUUUAUGAAAAACAACAUCCAUCAUAUAUUAUUAAUUUGGAUCCUGCAGUAUUGGACGUACCUUAUGGUGCUAAUAUUGAUAUUAGAGAUACAGUCAAUUAUAAGGAAGUCAUGAAACAGUAUAAUCUAGGACCUAACGGAGGAAUUUUAACAUCUCUUAAUUUAUUUGCUACUCGUUUUGAUCAGGUGAUUGAUUUAAUUGAUAGAAAAUCGAGAACAGGUUUUGAUGCAGGAAUGUCUAUGACUUCCAACUCUUUAGAAAAGAAGAAAAAUCUUGAAUAUGUCUUCAUUGAUACUCCAGGACAAAUUGAAAUUUUCACUUGGUCGGCAAGUGGUCAAAUCAUUUCCGAAGGUUUAGCAUCGUCUUUUCCAACAUGUAUCAUUUACGUGAUAGAUACUAGCCGUAACACAAGCCCAAUUACGUUCAUGUCAAACAUGUUAUACGCAUGUAGCAUUCUUUACAAGACUCGUUUACCAUUCUUGAUUGUUUUCAACAAGAUUGACGUUGUGAGACAUGAAUUUGUAAAGGAAUGGAUGAAAGAUUAUGAGGCUUUCCAAGACGCUCUUUCGAAGGACGAGAGUUACAGUAGCUCUUUGGCUCAUUCCAUGUCUCUUGUCUUGGAUGAAUUUUAUGAAAAUAUUGAUACUGUUGGUGUAAGUGCCAUGACUGGAGAAGGAAUGGAUGAAUUCUUCAAAAUUAUUAAUGAAAAAUCCAAAGAAUAUGAAGAAACAUACUAUCAAGAUUUAUUGGAACAGGAGAAACUCAAACAAGCUGAAAAACUCAAGCAACAAGAGGAAGAUAUGCGUCGUCUCGAACAAGACUUUAAACGAUUCAAUACUGCUUCCAAAAAAGCCCCAACAGAGGAUGAGCAAUUGCAAGAUUUUCUACAAAACCUUAAAGAAGAGCAACACAAGUAA